AUGUCCGUUGGUAUAGGCCUUGGAGAUGUUUGUAUCAUGCUACGCGGAGCGUUCACUAUGUGGGCUAGAGUCCGUGGCUAUUCGGAAGACACCAGGACUGUCCGGGAAGAGAUAUCCCUUUGGAAACUCAGAUUAGAAGAGCUUGACCAGCGAGUCAGAGACGCUAACCUCUCGCCCGGAGCGGCAGGAAUGGCCAAGCACGACCUUCUAGAGUCAUUCAAAACGCUCGAAAAAAUCGAAAAGCACCUUUGCGUGCCAACUACGAAGGGCUCUGGACACUUAAAAUGGGCUGUAUAUCAAAGGAAUAAAGUCAUGGGAUACAAGGAAAGCCUGAAUGCUCUUAUGAGUGGGAUCGCGGAAAUGAUGAUCACAGAGAACGUUCACCACCAGGCUAUUAUAGUACCGACAAACAAUCUUACUACUAUAUCGCCUACACAGUAUAAAGAGGAGCCAGUCUUUUUGGUGGAUGCGAUGGAUGAAAUGGUUGUUUUUUCAGCCGCUUUUUGCCAGGACUUGGAGUCGCUCCAUACGUUGAUUGGCCUCAGAUUCAAACAGUCAAAGGUCGCAUCAUGGAUGGAACAAAGGAGAUACGAAAUUACUAAUGGGGCCACUGGGGCCAGUUUGAGCAGUGAUGUUCAUGGAAAUAUUGUCACGCCCGGUAUGAGGCUAUCGAUGGCUAUAGUCUUGAGGAAGAGAUUUACGCGGCAAAGCCAACACGAGUGCCCGAGAUGUGGAAAGUGGUAUGAGGGGGCCACAAGUCGGGUUCUAGAGCGGGUUCAAUGUAAAAUAUGUCGGAUAACCUUUCAAGUAUCACUUGAGCCACGAAUUACAGAACCAGAGCCAGAGAUAGAUGAUGUCGACACGAACAUGCCCCUCUGCGGCAUCUCAGCUGGGGAUGAAAGCAUAAUUAAAGAGCCGACUGCUGGGGCUACUGCUUUGGAUGAUGGGGAUAUACAGUUCUUUCGUCGGUUGCACGUUUUACUACCUGAAGUACAUGAGAAGGCAAAUCAAGCCCUCUCAAUUGAAGAAACCUUACAGACAUCUUUGACUGCCCUCCAUUCCUGUGAAUUCUGCCAAAAGACCUUUCCCCGUCCUUGCGACCGGACGAAACAUCGCAAAACACAUGAACGUCCUUUCAAAUGCGACGUGGCAAGUUGCAAAUACCACACUGAAGGAUUUCCUACCAUCAAAGAGAAGGAACGUCACCAAAAUGACAUUCAUGCUUUCAAUUCAAGGGAGUGGAGAUGCCAAUUCGCCCCUUGCACAUACAAAUCAAAGCGUGAGAGUAACUGCAAACAACACAUGGAGAAAGCGCACCAAUACGUCUACAAGCGAACGAAGAUGAAUCCGCGGAGGAGAGACCAUCUCCUAUGA